AGGCGCGAGCGAGCAUCGAUCGACUCGCGCUCAGUCCGCCGGGGCGGCCGGCGAGAGCGCGCGUGUCAUGCGCUGCCGCUGAAAUGGCCGGCGCUCGGGCGCUCGUCACCGCCUGCUGCUGCUGGUGGUGGCUGAUUACCGCAGCCGCCACCGAGCUAGACUUGCUGGGCGCUCUGUCGCUGCACAACACGUCGCGCGCCGGCGUCACCGCCGCGCCGGGGAUGCAGCCGCAGCGCACCGCUUAUACGUUACAAGGAGAAUCUCGUUCCCUGCAAGUGGAGGGCGCGGUGUUCGAGCGCGCUGCCGAACUCCUGCGUCGCUCGCCCGAGUUCACGGUGCUGGCCUCGCUGCGCCAGGAGCCCGCCAACUCCGGCACCAUACUGUCCUUCUCACACGGCUACAACAGGUACCUGGAGGUGCAGUCGAGCGGGCGGCGCGACGAGGUGCGCCUGCACUAUGUGGCGGCCGGCGGCACGGCGGCGCGCGUCGAGACCUUCCCGUUCCGGCUGGCGGACGGCGCGUGGCACCGCCUGGCGGUGGCCGUGUCGGGCGCGCAGGCCACGCUGCUGGUGGACUGCCACCCGCUGUACCGCCGCCUCAUCCCGCCGCCCGACCGCAACUUCACGCAGCCGCAGCUGGCGCUCUGGCUCGGCCAGAGGAAUAGCAAACAUUCCUUAUUUAAGGGUACAUUACAAGAAGUAAGACUGGUAAGCGGGCCUCACGGCUACCUGGCACAAUGUCCGGGGCUGGACUCGGAAUGUCCCACGUGUGGGCAAUUCGCUCUGCUGCAGGCUACUGUGCAGGAGCUCACUACACAUAUCCAUGACCUCUCACUCAAGUUGGUUGGCACGGAGGCGCGGUUGGCACGUCUGGAACAAUGUGAUUGUCAGAAGUCGUGCUUCUCCAACGGCACAGUCCACGCCGACGGCGCCUCGUGGCAACGAGACUGCAAUCGCUGCUCCUGUGUGCACGGCGAGAUAACGUGCAGGCCAGUCGAGUGCGAUCGAGCUGAGUGCAAGAACCCGGUGCUGCAUCCGGGGGAGUGUUGUCCAACAUGUUUGAGGCAGUGCCUUCUAAAGGGCACACUAUACGAGCACGGCGAGCGGUUCGCGCCGAAGGAGUGCGCGGAGUGUGUGUGCCACGACGGCAACAUGCAGUGCACGCGAGUGGAUCCUGAGCGCGCGUGUCCGCCGCUGCCGUGCGACGUGGCCGAUCAGUUCACCGUGCCCGGCGAGUGCUGCAAGUUCUGUCCAGGGGUGGACUAUUGCAGCAUGGGUCACUCGUGCGACGAGAACGCGACGUGCAUGAAUCUUAACACCAAAUACACGUGCAAAUGUAACCAGGGCUUCCAAGGCGACGGAAUUACUUGUCAAGAUGUGGAUGAGUGCCAGCGCGCGGGCGGGCUGGACGGGCACCACUGCCACUCCAACACUCGCUGCGUCAACGUGGUGGGGGGAUAUGUGUGCCAGUGCUUGCCGGGGUACACCAGGAGAGACAAGUUCAAUUGUGUUGAAGUAGACGAGUGCUUGGGCGAGACGCACGGCUGCCACGCGCAUGCUGUUUGCAGCAAUACUCCUGGAUCCUACACGUGCCGAUGUCGGGAAGGGUACGAGGGAGACGGAUAUGAGUGCUCACCGAUCUGCACGGGCGGGUGCCUGAACGGCGGCGCGUGCGUGUCGCGCGAGCAGUGCGCGUGCGCGCCGGGCUUCGGCGGCGCGCGCUGCGAGCGCGACGUGGACGAGUGCCGCCAGACCGACGCGCCUGCCCACGCCUGCCCCGCGCACGCGCUCUGCGUCAACACGCCCGGCAGCUACUACUGCGUCUGCGCAGAGGGGUACACCAGGGACGCUGUCUUGGAUACUUGUCAAGAUGUGGACGAGUGCGUGGAGGGGUUUCACACGUGUCACCCGAGCGCGCGCUGCGUCAACACUGACGGCGGCUUCCGAUGUGAAUGUGAUUCAGAGGAACACUGUGAAUUGAGUUGUUCGUGGCAAGGCCGCAUCAUGUCUGACGGCGCGUCGUGGUCGGAGGCAGGCGGCUGCCGCGCGUGCUCCUGCGCCGCCGGCGUCGCCGUGUGCCGCCGCGCCGCCUGCGCCUGCGACCUGCACGAUAACCAUACUACUGCGUUGCAGAGCACGGUGCUGCCGCGACUGGCGCCGGCGGCGUGCUGCCCGCACUGCGAGGCGCGCUUCCACUGCCGCCACCAGGAGCUGCACCACGUCACCUUCCGCAGCGGCGAGCGCUGGCUCUACCAGUGCCAGAUCUGCGAGUGCCUCCUUGGUGAGGUGGACUGUUGGGAGCCGGAGUGCGGGGAGUCGGGCGCGGGGUGCUGCGCGGAGGGCGGGGCGGGCGGGGCGGGCGGGGAGGGCGCCCCGCCGCCGCGCCGCCUGGAGCUGGGCGCGUGCGCGCCGCCGCACUGCGCCUGCACGGGCGGCCAGUGUGCUACUUUGGUGAGCAAUCUCGCGUGUUGUGUGCAUCGGUCGCGGGCGGCGCUGCUGGCGACGCUGGCGUGGUGGGGGCGCGCGGCGCUGUGGUGGGGCCGCGCGGCGCCGCACCGCAAGCACCGCGGCGCGCGGCGCUAGAGCCGCCCUGAGCCGCGCACAUAGCUCCUCUAUUUAUUCUAGAUAGAUCUAAUGUUACGCGCCGCGCUCCGCCCGCGCCGCCGCACGCCGCUCGUCGCGCGGAGCGGGCGGGAGCGGGCGCGGGCGGCGGCGGCGAGCGAGCGAGCGAGUGUACAGUGUCGAGCGCGCCCGCCGCCCGCGCCCGCGCCCUGUUGUACCAAAUUUUUCAUAAUAUAUUAUAGUUUUUGUUUGACUUUAUAUAGAGAUCGUUUUUCUUGUAUAAUUUGAAAGUAACCAAAAAUAGGUACCAAAUAUAGAAAAGAUAUGAUUGUUUUUAAUUUUCAUAAAGCAUUUUAAUGCUUGCAUGUUGUAUUGUGUUCAAAAAAUUACGAUUAAAAAGAUAUCCUCGA